AUCUGGGAGCAGCGCUGGAGCCGCACAGUGUUGUCUUUCUGGCUCAUGAAAACAAUGUUUUAUAUGAGAAACAACACGACUUCCAAGUUCUAGGACUUGUAUUCAUCCACGCAGUACAGGCUGCAGUGCUCCAUCAUCAGGGUCAGCUGCUGAGAGUCAAAGAAAAUAAUACAUUAUGAAGAAGAAAAGUAGACGUCCAAAGUCGGAGACUUCAGGGCAGACUAGCACGACAAAGACCACAGUGAGCGUCAGUGGGGAGAAGAGGCAGACUGGAAACAGAGGGAGACUGCGGAAGACUGUCCCUGUAACCACAGAUGGUUUCUAUCAUGAAAACACUGCAAAAGACAAAACUGCCGACUCAGACUUCAGUGUUACAGCAGCUGACGACACACAAACACAUCCAGGGAGCAUGUCCAGACCCUCAGGUCGACUGUCAGCAGCUAUCUGUCGCCUCUGCCACGGGAAGUUUUCUCCACGCAGCCUGCGGCACGCCUUCGACAAGUGGCCUCGGGAUUCUGUUGAUAUUGGCGAGGAUGACUCCGACUCUGUGGUUCAGUCGCCCCUUUUAUUCCACACAGACUUCCAGCGACUGGUCGGCGUUCAAUUGGACCGUGACCCCCGGCUUUCAGAGUUCAUCUGUAAGAAAUGCCACGCCAAGUUCUACAAGUGCCACAGCAUCCUGAUCAGGUUUCUGCAGAGAGUCAACCUCCCGCCAGUGGGGAAAGAGAAUCUCAAAAGCCAGAAGAAUGCAAAGUGUCCAGAAUCCUCAGUGAGCCAAAGCUCAAAAGCACGACCUUCCUUUAGCUCGGACCCAAAGUGCCUCCACAGUCUAGUUUCCUGGGCUCAUCACCACGGAGAGGGCUGCCACUUCUGCCCCGACCUGAAGGAGGUGCUGGAGGGCCAGUGCUGGGGCUCUGUGAAGGCUGUUUGGGGCUGUGUUGAUGGUCACAGAUACAUCAUGGACACUCAGUGCACAACUGCUACAAACCCAGGGUACACUUAUAACCUCAGCACUGAAGCAUUAGGGACUGGUAACGGUGAGAGGGUGAUGUCAGAGGAGGAGGAACAGGAGGACGAGGGCGAUGAAGAAGAGCAAGCCGGCAGGUAUGGAAAGACUCCAGUGGGAAGUCUGGCUCAACACAUCUCACCUGCAGUCCCAGCACAGACCCAGAGCUCAGUGAUGACAGACUGGAGCAGCAACACUGAAGUUUUUACAGGUCCUGUGGGGGCGUUGUCUACUCCUCAAACCCAGCUGCUGGAAAGAGUGGCUGACAGUGAUCUGUCUGACAGGGGGAUCUCAGAGGAUGAGUUCGAGGAGAGAAGAAAAGCGGGUUUAUCAGACGAUGAGUUGUUUGAGCCGUAUUCAGACAAGAGAGCUCACAGGGUGACUGUCCCUAAGAGAAAAAAAAGCCCAAAAGUCCUGGAGGAGCCCAAAAUCAAAAAGAAACCUGGACCUAAACCUGGCUGGAAAAACAAGUUCAAACCCAAAGCAGAGGAGCUGCCCAACAUCUACAAGUGUCCUUAUCAGGGCUGCACAGCUGUCUACAGAGCUCCUGACGGUUUGAAGAAGCACAUCAAGGAGCAUCAUGAGGAGAUGAGACAGCGACCCUGUCCUCAUCCCGGCUGCAACAAGGUUUUUAUGAUCGACCGCUACCUGCAGCGACACAUCAAGCUCAUCCACACAGAGGAGAGGAACUACAUUUGUGACCAGUGCGGCCAAACGUUCAAACAGAGAAAACACCUUUCAGUUCACCAGAUGAGACAUUCAGGGGCCAAGCCACUCCAAUGUGAGGUGUGUGGCUUCCAGUGUCGCCAGCGUGCGUCGCUGAAAUACCACAUGACCAAACACAAGGCGGAGGCUGACUUGGAAUUUGCGUGUCUGAUGUGUGGAAAACGCUUCGAGAAGGCCCAUAACCUGAAUGUACACAUGUCUAUGGUUCACCCGCUGACUCAGGCCGAGGGUCAGAGAGGCAGCAGCCAGCAGCAGCAGCCGCUCUAUGCCAACCUGCACACCAUCACUCUGACCGGGGAGGUGGUUCAGCAAGACCAGGACAGAUGACAGCAGGGGCUCCGAGUACAGAUCUGCUGCAAGAGUACAUAAACUGUGGGGAAGGGACCAGUCCUGAAGAUCUUUGCUGUAGUUUCCAGAUUUUCAGGUUUUUGGACAGCGAUGGUUGGCUUCUGACUUCACCGACCUAUAGAGAACUGGCUCAGUCCUUUAUCGAUGUAGCAUUUUAGCUUAGCUUUUGUAUCAUAAUGUCAAAGUCAAAUUUCAUAUUCAAGUUUGCUUCGACAUUAACUUAUAAUUCAGAGGAUGUUGACCAGGCUUGUGUCAAUUAGGUUAUCUUAUGGGCAGCUCUUAAAGGGUAAUUGGGUAUCUUAAAAACCUGGACUAUUCUUUUAUAUGUUGGAAUCUAAAUUAAGUUUUUGUGAAAGGGUGAAGCAUUUUUCAGGAAACCAGAUGAGCCAUUUUGCCUUCUUUAAAGCCUCCGAACUUGUUUGAGUGAAACAAUUGUUUACCCACAAAACAGAUGCUUGAAUCUGAAGUAAACCUUUUUUUUUAAAUGUAUUAAUCAAGGCAGCAUUUCCUGUAUUCUGUGAUGUAAAAUGACUUGUUGUUGUUUUUCAAUGGUGUCCGGUGGCUUUAAAGAAUGUGAUGUAACAGCCCUUUCUGGUUCCAACAUGUAUCUGACCUCAAACAAUAAAUUGUUUCCGUUGUCAGACACUUAAAAUAACACUCUGAACCUGUAGGGUUAAAAACUCUUUUAGUGGAUGUACUUUGUUCAGGUGCAUUUGCCACACGGGAUUAUUUUGCGUACGUCGUGCUUGUAGACAGUUUAAUGGCUGCUGGUUAAUGCAUUCAGCGUGAACAAUUCCAACACUUAAAUAUCUAUCCAUAAUCCGAUAUCUAUACUUCUCAUCUCUGUAGGGUUUGCUGGGGUCUGGAACAGAUCUCAUUGGUUAAGAGGCGGGGUAAAGCCUGGACUGGUCGCCUGUCAAUCACAGGGCUGACAUACAGAGAAAAAACAAUUACCUGUCACUCAAACCUCUGGGCACUUUAGGCACUAAUUAAUCUAAAAAGUGUGUCUGGACAAUGGGAGGACUACAGGAUACCCAGAGUGACCCCAUUCAGGCACAGCGAGAGCACGCAAACAAGCCAAUUACUCAAACUAGGGGCUGACAGAUUAUCGACCUGGCUGAUUAUCGGAGGCCGAUAUUUUGCAUUUGGCUGAUUAUCAGACAGUAUCCCGUUUUAUUCUAAAGAUUUUGGCUUCGCUGCAGGUGUGUCUUUCCAUCUGGGUCUGUUUUCAAACUCCACUCUGUCUCACCCAAUGUGCCGCCCACAACACUAUCUGAUUGGCUAGACGUCACACAAUAAUAGCCAAUCAACACUGAAGCCUGUGUUCCACUGACAUGCACAGAGGCGAGAGCAGCCUAAAUCAGGAGAAACUCAAGUUGAGCAUUUCAAUAAAAGUUUACUGCUGGCAUUUUCUGAAUUCUAAAUUUUGACCAAUUAUUUUUAUGCAGUAAAUGCAUAUCAGUUCUAACUAUCGGUUAUCGGUCUCAUGAACUAAUAAUCGGCCCUAAAAAAAACAAGAUUGGUCGACCCCUAAUUCAAACCAGGAACCGUCCUGCAUCACUCUGCAGCCCUGAACUUGAAGAUGCAAGAAAAAACAUGCAAACUGUGGGCUAAGGUUGGAAAAGAUCUGCUUUUUCUUCUAAUAUAUUUCAAGGAUCCAAUCUAUCAUUCCAAAAUUCAACAUUUUAUUGUCGUCAGGUAUUUUAAGCUGUUUGUUUGGGAAGCAGGAGGCUCUUCUUCAGAUAUAACAUUGACAAACAUGUCUGUGCAACCUGAUGAUGGAGGGCCAUUCAGGAUCUCAUAGUUUCUGUGUCAGCAGGUAUAUGAACUUGAGAGUGUUCAACUGUAAACAGUCAACUAUCUGAAAGCAAAAAACACUUCACAAACCUUAUUCUGGCUUUGAAAGUUGUAAUCCUUUAGAUUUCAGUUCAUUUUUUUGAGAAGUAGAUCAUUUAAAGGUGCAGCUAUGUAAACAUUGUGUUGUUAUAUAACACAUUCAGUCAAUAACGUAUUUAAUUGUCCUGAAGAUUGUUACCUUGUGGAGUUGGCGAUAAUUAUAAGUAAUAAGUGAACACAUAAAGUGUCUUUUCUGUAAAAAGUGUAUAAAAUGCUUUGAUUUCAUGACAGACUUAAGUAUUAUAACUUGAGGGGACAACAGCUACAUCUGAGGUGUUACAGGUGUGAUGUAAAGAUGAAUUUACACUUCCUGUGGACUAAAAUGAAUCCAUUUUGAUUUCACAGCUGAAGUACAAUGCAGCAUCCAGCGGAUAGAAACUACUUCAGUGUUAGUCAGAUAAUGCAAUAUUGUAAUCAUGUAACGCACGUGUCUGUGCUGUGUAACAUCCUCGCAGUGCAGAGAGUUAUACAGAAUCGUUUCCUCAAAACAUUCAGUUUUAUUAAGUUACUGUUUUUUAUGAACUUGUUACAAUGCUGAGUCUGUGUUGUAAACAGUGGAAAGGGCUUCAGAUGUACAUGUGUGUUAUAAAGUACUGUGUCUAUAAUGUGAAUAAAUGUUAACUUUUUUUU